UGCUAAGUUGGAAUUAACAAAUGACACAAUUGACAAAACAAAAUUUCAAUCAAUUCCAAAUUCAAGCACCUUACAAUAUCAUCAUAUUAUGUUAUUGCCACCGCAUUUGUAGCAAUGCCUUCCAUCCAAAAAAUCGUCUUUCAUCGUAACCACAUUUUAUUCAUCACAAGAAACAUAUUUAAAGCACCAAUAAAACACACUAGAGGCAAUUCCACACAUAAUGACCUCACUUCCUCUUUUGAAACAUGGGAUAUUUUAUGGAAAAAAAUUGGCAGAAAAUGUUAAACAUUUAAAUAAAAAUUCAUCUCGGUCGGAAUCCUGCAAACCAGAUAGGGGUAAAUUACCGUGGGAGACUGACCAAAAACAAAAACUUCUCGAUUGGCAAAAAGAAGGAAUAGAGUGUAAUGAGUGCCGACCUCAAAGUCUAAUAGAUCAAUUUAAAUCAAUUUUAGAACGUAGGAGAAUUGAAAAGUGCAAACACCAAGAAAAGCACAAUUGUCAAGGGUUGUUUGAAGAAUUAACUAUCACCAGGAAGACUUAUCCUCAAUUAGAAGCAGAACGAAAGGGAUACCUUCCUGGUUGUCCUGUGGCAGGUUGGCAGUUACUCAAUAACAGUUGAUUUAUUUAUUAUGUGCUACAUUGUAUCAAUAUAAAAUAUCUUAUCAUAA